AUUUCGUGCUCGUCUUCUCCGUGCUCCUCCCUAACCACCACCUCCUCCUCCUCCUCUUCCCAUGGCGAAUCCCUUCCACGGCUCCCAUACUCUUCGAUCCAGGGAAGGGCUCAUCGCUAGGUCCACGGCGGCGCCGGAGAGAUCGGAAGAGAUACAGCUGCAGAUCGAUCCGAUGCACGGCGACUUGGACGAGAGUAUCACCGGGCUCCGUGGCCAGAUCCGGAGAUUGAAAGGGGUAGCUCAGGAGAUAGAAACAGAAGCCCAGUUUCAAAAGGACUUCAUAUCUAAAUUGCAAAUGACUCUCAUAAAAGCCCAGGCGGGGUUGAAGAACAACAUAAGGAAAAUGAACCGGAGAAUCAUACAACAGGGCUCGAACCAUGUAGUAGUCCAUGUUGCCCUCUUUGCUCUGCUCUGCUUCUUUGCGGUCUAUCUCUGGUCCAAAUUUCAUAGCACAUGAAGAGACAAAAAGUUCAAAGCGGUCGGCACUAAGUUUCACCAGUGCGGCUUGAGUAACUAAGAAGUAUUCCUCUUUUACAAGUGCAUUGCUAAUGCUAAGAUAGGGUUCAUAAAUAACUCUGAAAUUUUGUGAAUUUUGUCCCACGUGGGGUAGGCAGGUAAAAUGGUAGGAGUAAUGUCCUUAAAUCCCUAUCUCACUUGGAACAGUAGUAACCUGAAGAGUAGGAAUUAUAUAAUCCAACAUAUAA